GUGUGGGACAACUCCUACUUUCUGUCACAUUUUGAUUGGCUUUCCAAAGAGGCAGUGUCCUAUAAAUUGCCAUUUCCAGUUUGCUUCUGCCCUAUUGCCAGCUGAGGGACAGCCUAAUUGAAGGAGGAAGAUGCCAAUUGUCAAAAACGUGAGCAGAGCUGUCAGCCAGCUGCUACAAAGCUCUAGUUGUGGGUGUGGGAUUUCCAUCGUGCCCGUUCGAUGCAUUGGCAUCUCGCCCCGCCAGGUGGCCUCUGAUGCCAGCUUUCACUCAGUUUCUUUUUCGGAGUCAGAUCAUCCUCGGGUGCUAAUUACAGGUGGUCUUGGCCAGCUUGGAGUGGGACUUGCUAAGCUUCUGAGGAAACAAUUUGGAAAGAACAAUGUGAUCUUGUCUGACAUUAGAAAGCCUGCGGAUCAUGUUUUUCAUAGUGGCCCUUUUAUCUACUCGGAUAUCUUGGACUACAAGAAUCUGCGUGAGAUAGUGGUGAAUAAUCGCAUAACUUGGCUGUUCCACUAUAGCGCUUUGCUCAGUGCUGUUGGAGAAGCAAACGUCCCUCUAGCCAGAGCUGUUAAUAUUACUGGUUUACACAAUGUUCUGGAUAUUGCAGCUGAGCACAAUUUGCGACUCUUUGUUCCAAGCACUAUUGGAGCCUUUGGACCCACCUCUCCUCGAGAUCCAACUCCUGAUCUCUGCAUUCAGAGGCCAAGGACGAUCUAUGGCGUCUCCAAGGUUCACGCUGAGCUCAUGGGAGAAUACUACCAUUACCGAUACGGCCUAGACUUCCGCUGCCUGAGGUACCCAGGAAUUAUAUCUGCUGACUCUCAGCCCGGAGGGGGAACAACUGAUUAUGCUGUCCAGAUUUUCCAUGAUGCCAUAAAGACCGGCAAAUUUCAGUGCAACCUAAAGCCAGACACCCGCCUCCCUAUGAUGUACAUUGAUGACUGUCUGAAAGCAACUCUAGAGGUCAUGGAGGCCCCUGCAGAGGCGCUGAGCAUGAGGACGUACAACAUCAGUGCCAUGAGCUUCACCCCCGAAGAGCUGGCACAAGAGGUGCAGAAGCACGUUCCUGAGCUUCAGGUGACCUACAACGUGGAUGAAGUCAGGCAGGCCAUAGCUGACAGCUGGCCAAUGAACUUUGAUGACAGCAACGCCCGCAGGGACUGGGGCUGGAAACAUGAUUAUGACCUCCCUGAGUUGGUGUCUACGAUGUUUAGCUUCCUUGGGUCUGAUUCCAGGAUUGCUCAAGCUAACUGAAAAAUUCUGUCAGAUGUUUCCAGAUUUCCACAGAGGACCAGGAAGAAAUGGCUAAAUUAGUUCAUAAUUUAUGAGUCCUAGAGCAUGCCAAUUACUAGUUUCAUAAGUAGCAAUGGAGCUGGGCAGAAACAUAAUGUAGCUCUAAUGUCCUAGCAGAUAAAUGACACCAUUAGGUGCUGUCUCUGAGCACAGCACCUAUGACAAACACAUAAUUCUUGAACUUUCACUCUUAAGCAACUGGGAACAAAAACCACCUACUCCUGGCUGACGAAUCUCCAAUCAUUCUUGCUACCUGGCUCUUAUCUGCCAAACAGCGUGGGGCGAUACUGUCAGACGUGGGGUUUCAGUCAGAUCCCACAGAGUUAAUGACAUGUUUUUCAUUUCCCUAGUGGAGGUUAUUAGAUCGUAGUAAGAUACAAUCCUUUUUUUUUCUCUGCUUGCAGACGAGAUACAAGAGCUACUUCAUGUUUCCAAAUUGCAGGCAGGGGCUGUUGCAAUUCUAGUUUGAAAUCAAACUUUUGUUAGUAGUUCAUAUUUAUAUAUAUAGUGCUGUAAAAACAUACACUUUUCUAUACAUAGGGCCUACUAAGUCUCAUUAUUCUUAUAAAGCCUAUAAAUGUGAAGGGAAAUAGGACUUGAACUCUCAUUAUGCUUUAAAAAUAACAGGGUUUACAAGCUAAGCUUUUCCUGUUAUUUGCAAAUGCUGCUGCUGUCAGUUUAACCUCAGAGGUAGAUCUGAAAUCCAAAAAGCUGUUAUGUUUUGUGAAUCCAGGGUGUAUUUCAAGAAAGCAAUGCCUAGGAAUGGGGUUAUUGUUCAUUAGCACUACUUUUGGUUAUCCCAGUUGUUUGCCACGCUAGCAUAAUGACAUACUGCCUGGAGCAAGUUUUAAAGGUGGACUGAUGAUGGAGACUUACAUCAGAGUCAAGUCAGCCUUUGAAAUCUGUUCGUGUUCACUGCUUUUUCUGUGUACACUGCAUAUGUAUUUGCAGAUGCUAUUUAUGUGUAACUGUCAUACACUUCUGUUCUUUAGAGAGGAAUCCAGAGGCUGAAACCAUCUCCUAGCUACAGUUAAGGCCUGUUCUGCUCAUUGAAUUUCAUGCACGGGAGAUUCUAGGAUUAACAGGGGAAUCUUAGUAGAUGCAUGCAGAGAAGAUGUCUAUCCAAAAGCUACUUAGGAGACUUUGGAAAUGAGAAGUGAUGGACUGGAGAGACAGGAAAGCCAUCUUAGGUAAAACACCAGUCUCUGUGGAUGUGAAUCUGAGCCAUUGGCUACUAUAGCAUGCCUCGAGAAACAGCAUCUGGGAACUUUGCUUAUAUUUAUUUUUUAAAGGAAAAAUAUCUUUGGUUUUCAAAAUGACUGGAAAUUCCCUAUAUGAAGCUCUCCAUCUUUUUUUGUCUCGUAUACUCCAAUGGCCCAUGUAGGUGUCAUGUUCGAGUCUGUUCUUGCCUGCAUCGUUUGCUUUGUUUUCUGUGACAAUGCUUUGGUAGUUGCAAGUCUGCUACACUCUGUAACCCUGCAGCGUUUCUUCAGUAAGUGACUAGCUGACAUGACCUGAUUCUUCCUUGUGAGGGAGUCUGCAUGCUGCAGGGAACAUGUUUUCUCAUGAAAGUAACCUUCAAAGAAAGAUUCUGAGGUGAAAACCAGUUAUUUUAAACAUAUGUUAAAUUUGUAUCUCUUGUUUUUAUAUGUUUCUUACUGUUUCAUCUGUCGGUGAAGCAUGAAUUUCCCAGGUAUUUAAACUCAAAAACUUUUAUGGUUGUGGCCUGUUUAAACUUUUGUAUAAUGUUUACAUUUCCAGGAAAAAAAAAAAAAAAAUCAAUUCUUUAAACUCUGCCGCUGUUGUAACUAUCAAAUUGUUCAAGUGUAAUAUUUGGCCCAGUGGGCCAGCCAAAUUGGGUUACUCAUACCAUCCAAGAAAAUACUGGCUCAAGUUUUGUUCUCUGCCCUGCCAAAACAGGAUUAUCUCCUUGUAAACUGUUACACUGAGCCGUCAGGUGAAGGGCUUUAAUAUGAUAUGAAAUAUCUUGUCCAUUCCGGUCUUUCAUAAUUCAGACUCUGCAGACUCCUCAUUGCCUCUGUUCCAUGAGAUCAAUGUAAAAUAAUGCAAAGAGUUGGCGAUGAGUCUGACUCCAUUUCUUUAAUUCAAAGAAAGUCAGGGGGUCUAUCCCUCCACCCUUGUUCAAAGCUCUAGUUAACAGCAAGAGUGAAGAGGAAAAACGUUUUCUUCUGAAACAGACUGUCCUUGGCUGUGGCAUUGCAGGGAAGCUUUGGAUAAGGUGUUGCACCGCAGGUGAAAAACAGGCCUAGGACAUUUUAAAGUGUGUUGUCGGCCAAAAGUUGCUGAUUUAUUUAGGAGCAGGAGUUUAAGAACCUUCUAUUUUGCAAAAUCUGAAAUAAAGCAUAUUGCAGUAAACGUUGUAACGACGUGAUGAUGACAGUCAAGGAGUGUGGUUAGGUUUGCCUACAUGGUCUGAGUCCUGUUUGGAAUUCUGGUUUUUAACCUGUGACCAACAAUGCCUGUAUCUUAUUUUUUUCUACAUCUUCCCCUAACUUCAGUUGUAACUAUGUUACAGGAUUUUCUGUAUUAAACCAAUUUGAUGUGGUACAAAAUGUAUUUUUCUACCGCUAUGAAGUUUGACUUCUGGGCAGAGACUUCUCGUGACAUUUGAGCAUUGCAGCUGUUAACGAUACUUAUUCAGGAAAAAAAAAAAAAGUUAAGAAUAUUUUUUUCAAAUAUUACAAGUUGCUGAUGAAGCCUACUUUAAUAAAAUUCUGUUCAGGUGUGUC